GAAAUGAAAAUUCAAUCAAUAAUCACUAUAUCAACGUUCAUUAUCAUCGUCGUCUCCUAUAAUGAGCUGACAGCUGAGGAAAAUGAUAAGAGGCUCGAGACAUGUGGAAAUGAGCAUAUUGGGAAACCAUCGAAAAACUCGAUAAUCUCUCCUGUCUCCUGGCUUACCAAAUUGACAAGAUCCGAAAUUUCUGCUCCGGCAGUUAUAAUAUCUCCUCGACACUUGAUCACUUCUUCACGGCUUUUCCUCACAAAAUCAGCUUGGAAAAAUAGCGGAGAUUCGAUUGAUUGUGAUGACAGCAUAAAGCACUUGGAAGUUCCGGUAAACAAGCUCUCGGAUGUGAUUGAGCCGUGCCUUUCUCAAAAGGAGAAUUGCUCCCCGAAAGUGAUGAAUUUUGCCAGAGCAUAUAUUCUGAACUUUUGCAAAUCAACAUUGGUGCAAAAAAGAGUGUACUCCUUCCCAAUGAUUUUGGAGCUUGAUGAGAAUUUGGAAGGCAACUCAAGUUAUCCAUGUCUAGCUGAUGAAUCAAUCAAACUUGCCAAAGGAGAUGCCAUUGACGCUUAUGGAUGUACAAACAAUUCGGAAUGGAAGCAUCGAAAAGUGAAUGUCGGCGCCGGUGUUAGUCCGGAUAUUCUAUACGGAACUGUUCCAAAUACCGAAAAGGGAUUCGAUCUGGGACCUCUCACAAAAAAUGAUUCCGGCAGAGUUUGGAUGGUUGGAUUCGAUUUAGCAGCAACUAUUGGAAGCCGGAAAUACCCGUGGUACUACAAAAUGAGCUCAGCAAUGUAUCCAGCGUUGUGCGAAUUGGCUGGAAUUUGUUCUGAAGCUUCCACGACUACUACCGUUCAACCAUCAACAGCGUCCACUGCAGAGCCAACGGAUUCACCAGAGCCUCCAAGUACAUCUCCAAGCGGCGCUGAAACAACGGAGCAGCCAGAAGAGAUUCAAAUCGACUGAACUUGUGAAAAACUUUCAAUAAAUUAUUUCAUAUUAG